CCGGUUUCGGUUCUCCCGCUGGAUAAAUAGCGGGCUUCAUUGAUUUUUAAACUUGUCCGUGUUCCCCUCAUCGGUCAACUUCUCUUUCGUCCAUUUUCUGAGAAAGCCUAGCACUCAUUCUUCCUCAACAUGUCUGACACCGAGAAAGCUAACUCCGCACACCAGAACUUUGACAGGCAGGCGAAGUUCAACGCCCCCCCGCCAAUGCGUAUCGCCAACCCAGGUGCACUCGGCCUGUUCUCCUUCGCGUCCACCACGUUCAUUCUUUCUCUCUACAACGUCAACGCUCGUGGAGUUGCCAUCCCGAAUGUAGUCGUCGGUAUGGCCUGCUUUUGUGGUGGUCUCGCCCAGCUUCUCGCUGGUAUGUGGGAGUUUCCACGCGGCAACGUAUUUGGUGCAACAGCUUUCACAUCCUACGGCGCGUUUUGGAUGUCAUACGCCACUAUCUUGUUACCCAACUCUGGCAUCAUCGCUGCAUACGCGGGUCAUGAGGAUGAACUGAAUCAGGCGCUCGGCAUUUACCUGAUCACCUGGUUUAUGUUUACGUUCUUGCUCAUGCUUGGAGCGCUACGCCGCAACAUCAGCUUCAUCGCGCUUCUAUUCUUCCUGUGCAUUACCUUCGUGCUCCUCGCGGCGGGCGCCUGGUCAGGCCAGGUCAACAUCACCAAGGCUGGUGGCGGUUUCGGUAUCCUUACCGCCUUGAUUGCAUACUACUGUGGUCUUUCGGAGCUUCUAGUCAAGGGAGAGAGCUGGUUUGGCCUACCUAUGGGAACUAUCAAGCAGGAACGCGUGGACUGAGCGUCGGACUGAUCAAGAACGCGUGAGAUAGAUCUCUAGUUUCAAUAUCUUGCAUCGUGGACACCAGUCUAGGACUAUCCAUCUUGUCUUUCCCUCAAAAAUGGUUAGCAUUUGGUCAUUCCACCCCAUUUACUUUUUGUCCUUUUAUACCCUGCGAUACCAUCCUCCAAUCUGACGACGCAUUUCGCAAUACUAUUCCUCACGGUCCUCAACCUGUAGAUCACUCCUUUGGCUUUGGAUUCAUAUGUGUCUCGCGCAUUCACAUUUCAAACCUAUGUUUACAUAUUCAACUGAUUCGUAAUGUUGGCAAUGCAACGUUUGAUCGUCUCCA